CGGGGGCGGCGGCUGCGAGGGGGGGGCCGUGCUCUUCCCAUGUCCCCGACUCGCGCUCCGGCAGCUGCCGCCGCCGCCGCCGCCGCCGCCGCCGCCGCCAUGUUGGCUUGAGGGGCGAUGACAGGAGGCGGCUGCGGCGUCGGGUACUGAAAAGUGGAGGAGGAGGAGGAGGAGGAGGAGGAGGAGAAGAGACAGAGCUCUGAGAGGAAGCGGUUCCCGGGCUGAGGAGAGGAAGGACCCGGGCUCUUCCGGGGCCCAGCUGAAGUCGGCGUCGCGGGGAGCUCGCGAGGCCGGGGAGGGGAGGGGAAGGCGGAGCCGGGGGAGGCGGAGGCGAGAGAGGAGCGCCGGGAAGCCGGAGACUAUGUGUCCUGAGACCCGCGGCUGCCCGGAGGCGCCCGCGGCCUGAGCCCCGACGGGCCGUGGGGUCUCCUGCCGGGCCGAGCGCCCCGCUUUCCCCGCUCGCCGCCCCGGCUCUCCGGCCCGGGCUUGCGCUUCGGCUGCCAACGAGUUAAAUGCCCUUGAGCGCGGGUUUCCGCGGCCCGGCUGGCAACGCCGGCCGCGCGAGUUGAGCCGUUUCCCCGCGCCGUCCGCCGGGGGACGCGUCCAUGUGUAGCCACAUAGUUAUCUGUGUACCGCGGCGCCGGGGCAUUCUCCUUCUGCUUAAUGAAGACUCGACUUGGGAGCAAGUGUGAAUCACUGCCGGGCUGGGAAAGGAGGAAGACGAUUUAACCCCCUCCCACCCCGCUCCAUGUCCGUGUGUCACUCGGCUCGGUCCACCUGGCGCGGCCGGUCCUGGGGCUGCUGCUGCUGCUGACGACGACGACGGGGCUGCUACCCCAGGAGUUCCCUCCUGGUCUGGCCACACCGCUCCCGGCGAUUGUUCCUCUUCGCUCGGAACCUCGGCCCGGCCGGCACUUUGGCUCCGAAAGAACUUAUUUUAGGGGGAAGCACACCUCGAACCAGUCAAGAUCGUGAAGGUUGAUUUCUGUAGCUCGAAGAUUUCUCUUUUUUGUUUGUUGUUGUCUCUUUUUGAUUUUUUUUUUUCGGCGUAAACAUCUGGGUAUAUAUAUCAAACGGCAAGAUGUCCAGUAAUGUCCCGGCGGAUAUGAUAAACUUGCGCCUCAUCUUGGUAAGCGGGAAAACAAAAGAGUUCCUGUUUUCUCCUAAUGAUUCUGCUUCUGACAUUGCAAAGCAUGUGUAUGACAAUUGGCCAAUGGACUGGGAAGAAGAGCAGGUCAGCAGUCCAAACAUUCUACGCCUUAUUUAUCAAGGACGAUUUCUACAUGGAAAUGUCACAUUAGGAGCAUUAAAACUUCCUUUUGGCAAAACAACAGUGAUGCACUUGGUGGCCAGAGAGACACUGCCAGAGCCCAACUCUCAAGGUCAGAGGAAUCGCGAAAAGACUGGAGAGAGUAAUUGCUGUGUGAUCCUGUAAACAGUGUCUGCCAGGUGUGGUGUGAUGUAGUCUUUGUCUUUCAUGCUGCUGGGCCAGAGGAGACCCAACGUCGCUUCAGAACCUUUAGGAAGAGUCUGCCUAUAAAUACGUGGACCUGAACUAUCACAUGAACACUGUCAUCUUUUCUCAUGAAAGUAAAAAGAACCAAGAACAUUUUUCACUAUGAUUUUUUAUUUCCAGUAUUUUUGUUUAUGUUGAGCAGUUUUAAAAUGUAUUGAUUUUUGAAUGCAAGUCAAUCUCCAGGGGAAAAGUUAACAAGUUAUCUUUCAUAGCAGAAACGAUUUUGCUGCCACAAAAAUUUUCAUUACCAGAACUAACAAAAUCAAGUGUUCCAAAUACAGUGUGCACUAAAAAAGAUUGACGGUUAUUUUCUUCAUCAGCAGAAUUUAUAACAUGGUUUAUGGUACCUAGAAAUAUACUCAUAUAUACAAUCCACACUGGAAGACACAGCAAUUAAUGAAGUUAAUUACUGGGCUAACAUGAGAGUAAAAAAUGGAAAAGAAACUGAAAUGUUGGGUGAAUGCUACCAAAGUCAGCCGUGGCGGCUGCACUGGCACAGAAUCCUACACUGAGUGCGACUGUUCUCACUGCAACAAGUGAAGAAACAAAACGUGCCUCUUGUUGAAAUUACUCAGCAGAGGGCUGAUGAGACUAGUUGUUUUUCCUUUAACAUGUGCACUCUAGUCAGACAGUGACGGAGGGCUGGUUCACAUAGCACAAGAUGGGUGAGAGCUCGCGUCCUAGCCUUAACGCAGGGGUAAAUUCCAGUCACUCGUAGACCUCCGUGAUUGCACAGAAAUAUUAGAAAACCUCAUUUAUUCAUCACUUUUGUGUAUUUGAAUAUCAGCAAAUUGAAUUUUUCCAUAAUUAUUGCUCAUCUCUGUGUCCAGUGUCACAGUUACUCAUUAGAGACCUCAGAUGAAUUCUUAAAAUUAAAAAAUUCUCCGUAGGACUAAUUUUGUUUCUUUAUGUAGUUUGCAUUGGGUAUUAGUGCUUGCAAUUGUAUUAAAGUCAAAAGCUGAUUUUCAAGGCACACUUGAUUAGGGAUGCCAUUGUUUUGUUUUGUACCAAUAAUUUAAAAAUUGAUAUGCUAAAAACAAUUUGCACAGCACUAAAGCAUGAGCUAGUUUCAUCUAAACCUGUAAAAAAUAUAAAAGAUUUUAUAUUUUUUCACUGGGAAGAAAUUCUUCCUGGAUGAAAUUACAAAUACGUGUAGAAUAUAUUUAAUAAAAAACUUAUAAAAUACCUAACUAUAGAACUUAAAUAUAGAUUGGCGUGUAGUAUAUAGAACAAUGUUCCAUAUAAAUAACUUUAGCCUUUAUAAAAAUGAACUUGCAGGCUGACGUUAUGUUCUGUACUGAAAUGAGUGUCCACGGCCCUUACAAAUAGUAAGUGUAAAUCGUUUCAAACGGUCAGCUUUGUUUAAAGGUAAUCAGGUUAUUUUAUUCAUUGUUAAUGCUUUGACGAAAAGGCUUUAUAUGCAGUAGAUCUACGAAAAUAUUGUUCAUACUGAUCAGAAUUAAAUUUGUAUAGAGCAGAGUUUUAAAAUGAAUGUAAAUAGCACUGAACAUUUUCCUUCUGCAACCUGGACUUAUAGAUCCUUUCUGUAAACUAAAUAAAAAAAAUAUUGUAGUGCAUUUUGGUGGUAAUUUUAAAGGUCUUGAUUAGGUUGAUAAUUGUUUAAGCACUGUCUCAUCCAUGUUAAAAUUGUUCAGUUUUUAUUUCUGAAUCUUUAAAAAAUUUGUUUAAUAUUCUACUGUUAGGUUUGGGACGAAUCCCAAUGUAUCUCUGGUAUUUAACCUGGUUAAUUUGUGCACAGUCACGACAAUGGGUAGAAUUAUGUAGUCCCUGUUAUCACUAAGAUGUUCUAUUCAAGAGAUGUCGAACAUUUAUAUGCUUUGUUGACUAACUCACAUGUGAAUUCUGUUAGUGUGGACUAAAGAAGAAUCUGGUAGUUACUUAAUUGGGCAAUUAAGCCAUUUAUGGCUGUAUUCUUUCCUAAUACAAACUACUGGUAAUUAUUUUUAAUACCUAUUUUAAUUCUAAUUAUUCUUCUGUUUCUCCAAAGUUAAAGACUACAUUUAAUUGUGAUUGAAAUUUUAUGGUUAACCAUAUUCUCUAUUGGUUUUCAAUAUAUCUUUCUGUGUGUUCCCACAUUAUAAAUUUCCCUUCACAAGACCUCAAUUUGGAGUUUGCAAAAUGGAUGAACUGGUUCAUCAGUAGAGAAUUAUGUCUCUCAAUACCUGAUAUCAUUGUUGUGCAAAAUGCAAAGAAGAAUUUGAAAAUUGCAGUAAAAUUACAUACAGGAAACACCAAAAAUGUAGAUGCCUUAAUAGUGUAUACAUGAAGAUACUCAACCAUCCCUUUGAAAAUAGUUCCUUGGACUGCCUGCCGGUUAAAACGGAUCGAUCAUAUCCCAUUGACGGUCCCUCUGCCACAAACAGCUUGCUUGCUGAAGGGCGAGAGCCGCAGAGGUCCAGUCCUGUAAAUAAAACCUGAGCUACGGGCCUGUGACCCUGCCCAGCACUUGGUAUUUAACUCAUGUCUUUCACCUAAAUUGUCCUAGACUUGAAGUAUUCUGGAAAAGGCAAAGCUUUCCUUCUUUAUUAAAACCUCAGCAUGUCUCCUUGAUCUGACUUAUUUGGUUCCUCUUCAAGAUAAGUUGUAUCUUGUCAUGAAAAAUGUAGUAUUUAACAUCAUCACGCACAUUACAUGAGGUUUUCUCAUGACAAACAUCUAUCCUUUGUUUUAUGUCAUCUUGACCAAUGUUACAAUAAUUUCUGUUAGCUGACUGUGGUGAACAAUGUUUAAUGUGAAAAGAAAUUAAAACUUUCUUCAUCUGUUGUAGAA